UAAUAUGAAAAACAGUCAAGUUAUACCUAGAAGAUUACAAUGCAGCGAUCUUGCAUGCCAAAAUCACAGGUUUUACUUCUGCAGAGACCAUCAAGUUUAUUCUUGCAAAGGAUGUUCCAGCAAAAUGCAUUACAAAUGCCAACUUGCUAUCAUCCAAGACCUCACAGAUCUCAGAACUGAUGUCAAAGAGGUUCAGAGACAUGUCAUGAGGUUUCAGGAACUUGCAACAGAGAAUGGGUUGGAAGUUUAUCUUCCGAACAUUGAUAGUGUCAUCAAAGAUUAUCAGGGAGACUUGACUGAGAUUGAAAGGAAGAUAAAUGAAGCCAUUGCUCAUGAUCACCAUGAGCAAUAUGACACUCUCAGAUCUCAAAUAAGAGAGAUACAGAACCACAUGGCCGAUGAACAAGUCAUCAAAGACAUCUUAUUCUUGUCCACCACUAGAGGUGCUAGUAGAUAUGGUCUUCCGAGGGUCAGCGAUGAAUUCUCUUCAGCCAUCAAGGUUGAGCAAACAAUUGAUACUGUUGUCAAGCAAAAUGUUAAAUUGAUGGAGAAAAAACUGGCAGAAGAAGCCAGAGAAAUUGAACAGCAAUUCAAAGACAGACUUUCAGAAGAGUUCAAAGAGCGUAUCCAGACAUUGCAAGCACAGAAAGAAGCUCAAGACAUAGAAAUAGAGGAACAGAAACAAGAGACAGAGCAGAUUCUCAGACAAGCCCAAGAUAUGCUCAAACAAAAGCAAGAAGCAUUCUCUAAGAAUCAGGUCCUACAAGACCUGAAAGAGCAACUUGAAAGAAAGUUAUCACAGAAAGUAGAGGAGAUCAAGCAAGUCAAAGAUCAAAACAAGAAAUAUCAGGAAGAAAUCUUCAAAAUGAGUGAAGAAAAUACAAGACAGAUAGAAGAGUUUAAAGAAAAGAUCAUAGAUCAUAUCAAAAGUAUCUGGCCAGACUUCAACCUUGAAUCCAAAGAAUUAGAACUUAACAUGUCAGAAGACAAAUCCAAGAACUUAGUCAAAGCAAUGGGAGAAUCGAAAUACUCUUUCGGAGAUAUGAACAGACUUCAGAUUGAUUACAUCUCCAAUGAAGACCAUACUCUGAAUAACUUCCUCAAGAACUGCAGUCCAUCCUCCCUCAGACUGCUUUCAUUUAACCACAACUAUCUCGGAUCAGACGGAAGUAAUGCUGUGGAGAUAAAGUUUUAUGAGGAAGGCAUGCAAACCCUGCUUGCCAAUGUGACCAAAGAGGUUUAUUUGGAAUACUUGAUCGUUGAUGCAAGUGAUCUGAGCCAGAUUGUGAAGGCUUGUGUGAACUCUGAAAGGUUGACUAUUCGUAAUAGCAAAAUUUCAACUUCAGACUCUUUGGACUUCUCCACUCCCUCUCAGGCCAAACUCCAGUAUCUCAGUUUUGUUAAUUGUGGAGUUCAAGACUGGUGCUCUGAAGAAUGGGGCAAGUACCCAGCCAGAUUUGAGAAGAUUAUAGUGGCCAUUAAGAAUUCGUCUCUCAAGAACUCCCUCAGCACCAUCAAUGUUCGUAGAUGUAAGAUCUCAAUAUCUAAAGUAGCUGAACUGCUGAUUGCUCAUGACCUAGCCCAUGUUAGUGUGGUCAGUGAAGUGGACAGUCCUCUGAUGGAAUAACUCUAAGUUGGUUUAAGGAUUUG